AUGUCAAGCUUCGUAUCAGAAAGCGUUUCUUCAAAAGACGCCAAAACAAAGAAACCAAAAUCUAACAAAGAGAGAGCUCGUGCCCACAGAGCACGAAAGAAGGAGUACAUCACCGUCCUUGAACAAAAGACUGCCAAACUUGAGGCUGAGGUAUCCCAAUUAAAGGCUGAAAACGAUCAGCUCAAGCAGGAGAAUGAUAAUUUGAAAGAUACAAAGAAGCCUAAGGAUAACAUAAUUAUCCCAGAACUUGAUUCUAAUCCCUUCGAGCAUGCAUUACAAGAGUAUGAAGAUUACUUCUACAAACAUGUUUGCGCCAAGAUCAAGAAGGAGCCAGGAGAAGUCAGGUUUACCAUGCUAGAUAACGUCAUUAUGAGAGUCAGUGAUUGGAGUGACCUCAGAGUUGAUUACAUCAAAAGAGCAUUCUCGAAAAUCAUUGAAAACGUGGUCAGUAAUCUUGGAAAAUCUUUGCAUAUUUCAUAUAAGAAGCUUUCCGUUUCGAAUUGGCUUCGCAAGAAUAAGGCAAAGAAGAGACAUUUUAAGUACUUUGAUAAGAAAGUCGAAUCAGCCACGGAUAUUUAUCUUGAAUACAAAUUUAGCGACAAUCACUCUAACUUUAUGGAAGAAAAGGGAAAUAUGCUACUUAAGGAGUAUAAAAAGAUACAGAAAAUCGUCCACAAGUUAGUCCAGCUACGUAAUAAACUUCUCAAUACCUACAAAGAAAUCGAGAAGAUAGCUUCAAACACAGAGCUCCAUAUGAGCUUUGAGAAGGAGGAUAUUACAAGUAAAUGUGAGAUCUGAGAGAGACUUAAUGGGAUCAGCUUUUUGAAGCCUCAUAGAGUCUGGGACAUUCCAUUCAAAACUCAUAACAAUGAACGUUAUGAAGACGCAGAAUUAUCAGAAUAAU